AUGUUACGAGCUGAAGAAUGCACCGUUUCCUUUCACUCGUUGUCGAAGGGUCGGGAAUACGUGGACGAUGAGCGGUGCAACUACAGCAAUCCUAUGCGUAAAAGCCUUGUACCACAACGGUGCGGUCCGUCUAAUGCAGUGCACUCACCGUUCAAAAGCCCUCUUUCGGCCCAGAAACGUCAGCGAGAAUGCAGGAAACGGGGAUCGGAAAAGGGUGGCACGGAUCAGCCGCCAACUCCGAAACUAUCCGUGUCCGAACACGAGCUGAUGAUCAUGAAAAUAUUAACCCAACCGUUCAAGAUACCGAUCGCAAACUACGUGCCGGAACAUUCGACACGAUGUUUGGGUAUGAAACGUUCGGCUGCCCGUCGGGCCUUACACGAUCCAUUUGCUUGCAAUGCGCUGGUGCUGUUCAGUCCGCCAGAAUUGUCCGAGCACGACAAGCUUAAAAUGGACAAGAACAAGAUACAGGUGCACGUGGUGGUGGACCCACUGCUGGGCAAUAUCCUGCGACCCCAUCAACGGGAAGGUGUGAAGUUUAUGUACGAUUGUGUGACUGGUGCGAAGGGCGAUUUUAACGGGUGUAUUAUGGCUGACGAAAUGGGCCUGGGCAAAACUCUUCAAUGCAUCACACUGCUCUGGACGCUGUUACGACAAAGUCCGGAUUGUAAACCCACCAUCAGCAAGGCCAUCAUUGUGUGUCCAAGUUCGCUGGUAAAGAAUUGGUACAAAGAGUUUGGUAAAUGGCUCGGAUGUCGGGUGAAUUGCUUAGCGAUCGAUGGAGGAUCGAAAGAACAGACGACGAAAGAGCUUGAACAGUAUAUGGCCAAUCAAAGCCUACGACACGGCACGCCUGUGCUGAUUAUAAGCUACGAAACGUUUCGAUUGUACGCCAAUAUUCUUAACAAUUCGGAGGUGGGUGCUGUACUGUGCGACGAGGGACAUCGGCUAAAGAACUGUGAGAAUCUUACGUAUCAGGCGUUGAUGGGCCUAAAGACGAACAGAAGAGUUCUGCUUUCUGGUACACCGAUUCAGAACGAUUUGACCGAAUAUUACAGCUUGCUGCACUUUGUAAAUCCCGGAAUGUUAGGUUCAACUGCGGAGUUCCGGAAACAGUUUGAAAAUCCGAUUCUCCGCGGGCAGGAUGCAAAUUCCACUGAUACAGAACGUGAAAAGGCCGCCGAACGUCUUCAAGAACUAGCCGCCCUCGUAAACCGCUGCAUGAUCCGACGAACCAGCGCCCUACUCACCAAGUACCUUCCAGUUAAAUUCGAAAUGGUCGUGUGCGUGCGUAUGACCGAAGUACAAACCGCCCUGUACAAAAGCUUCCUCCAAUCGGACACCAUCCGUCGUAGCGUGAUGGAAAAAUCUGCUUCCAAAGCAAGCUUAACCGCACUGUCUAACAUUACCUCGCUGAAGAAACUGUGCAAUCAUCCGGAUCUCGUGUACGACAAGAUACAGGAGCGUGCGGAUGGGUUUGAAAAUGCGGCCAGCAUCCUGCCGGAUAAUUAUUCCCCACGCGAACUACGACCGGAACUGGGUGCUAAGCUAAUGCUGCUGGACUGUAUGCUUGCGUCGAUAAAAAUCAACACAACCGACAAGAUUGUGCUCGUCUCCAACUACACGCAAACGCUCGAUCUGUUUGAAAAAUUGUGCCGCAAGCGCGGUUACGGGUACGUACGACUCGACGGCACCAUGACGAUCAAAAAGCGUGGCAAAGUGGUGGACGAGUUUAAUAAACCCGAUUCGAAGGAUUUCAUCUUUAUGCUAAGCUCAAAAGCGGGCGGCUGUGGGUUAAAUCUGAUCGGUGCUAACCGGCUCGUUAUGUUCGACCCGGACUGGAACCCGGCCAACGAUGAGCAAGCGAUGGCACGCGUAUGGCGUGAUGGGCAGAAGAAACCAUGCUACAUCUAUCGGUUGCUAGCUACGGGUACGAUUGAGGAAAAGAUUUUCCAACGGCAAACACACAAGAAAGCGCUCUCGACAACGGUGGUCGACAAUGCGGAGGACGGUGAGCGGCAUUUCACGCAGGACGAUCUGAAGGAUCUGUUUAAGUUGGACGAACAAACGCGCUCCGAUACGCACGACAUUUUCCGCUGCAAACGGUGCAUGAACAGCGUGCAGAUGAAGCUUCCACCGGACGAUAGUGAUUGUAUGUCGGAUCUGGUACACUGGUACCAUUGUGCGAACAAUAAGGGCAUUCCGGAUGAUAUACUGUCCAAGUCGUGGGAUAUUACGGGAUGCGUUUCGUUCGUGUUUCAUCAUCGUUCGAAUUCGGCCGUCGUUGAGCAGCAGAUAGCGGAACAGAAGCGCCAGCAGGCAUUGGCUUCAAAGGAGGAGAAUGACGAGGAAGAAGAGGAGGAGGAGGAGGAAGAUGACAAGGAGAACGAAGAAGAGGACGAACCGGAGGAAGACGAUGAAAAGGAUAAAGAUUACGUUCUGUAACGCACAAGCCGCCAACCGACCGAUUGUUUAUUUAA